AUGAAACCUAUUUCAGGGGAUUCGCGUGGUCAUUAUGAUCCGUUGCAAGACACAAUUCAUGAUGAAGAGGAGAGCCCCAUGCUGGAUAUCAACGAACAACUAGCCAAUAGUCAAUCGAGCUUGGCUUCUACAAAACGAAGGGCUCUGACCAUAGCAGUCUUCACUGCCUCAAACAUUCUGAGUAUGAUCGGCGGGGGCAUUAUGGGGCGCUGGGCUACUUGCCCUUCCAUCACUCACUAUGCAUCUAGCACAGGUCUGGAAUCAUUGGUAUUUGAAGAGGCUGCUAUUCAACGUAGCACCAAAUUCUUUGAUACCAAGUUUUUCGGCGACUUCGAAGAUAACAUUUAUCGGCAAGAAGCGUCCCCUGAGACUGAUGACGCGUGGGGAAAACUGAUCAACUACGAGCAAUCGGACUACAUCAUUCCGUACGAAGAGGGCAUUCGGAGCGGACUCACUGAUCGUCACAUGCGAGUUAGUGAAAAAUAUGGUGGAGGUUUUGUUGCAUCGACUGAAGGAGGACACAAUUUGCACUGUCUGAAUUUUCUCCGGAAGGCACUUUGGUACAACUUUAACUACUACGAACCGCAAGUACUUGAUUUGCGGAGGCUCCCGAAGCACCACUUAACUCAUUGCUUGGAGAUCUUACGCCUUGGUUUAAUGUGCAACUAUGACACAAAAUGGCUCGGCUAUGUCUGGUACAACAAGUCGCACCCGUUACCCUUUCCAGAUAUGACCGGUGGUCACAUGUGCAAGGACUUUGAUGCCAUUCAGAGACGUCUCUCGGCCUAUCCAAAUAAACCUGGCCGAGACGAACCUGAUGGAUUUUAUACCCCUCCGCCGGACUCAGAGUACAUUCUGGAAGGAAUCCCGUAA